AUGCUGCUGCCGCUGGCCUGCCUGCAUGGGCGGGUGGCACAGUGCCUAACCUCCCUGCUGGUGCUCGCAGAGCCACUGCCCAGGCCCCGGCGCGGUGCGAAGGCGCGCAGCGCAGCGCCGACCAGUGUGGAGGUGGCCCCGGCUGGAACGAAGAUGGCCUCAGAACUGUACCCGCCCGCCGGCGCCUCUGCAGCUACUGCCACCGACAUCGCCAACAGCAACGCUGCGGGUGCGGCCGUGGGCAGAAAGGUCAGCCUUUGCUGCCCGCCCCGCCUGGCGCCCGCCCCACUGCCGCCCUUGCCCGCGCCGCCCGCGCCAGACAACAACAAUCCCGAGAGCCCCAACUGGCAGUCCUUCCACCCGACGCUGCGCGAGAGGAAUGCGCUCAUGUUCAACAACGAACUGAUGGCUGACGUCCACUUCAUCGUGGGGGCCUUAGGGGCAGCCAGGCGCGUGCCCGCCCACAAGUACGUCUUGGCUGUCGGCAGCUCUGUCUUCUAUGCCAUGUUCUAUGGGGACCUUGCAGAAGUCAAAUCAGAAAUCCACAUUCCUGACGUCGAGCCUGCCGCCUUCCUGGCCUUGUUAAAGUACAUGUACAGCGAUGAGAUUGAUCUGGAGGCGGACACAGUGCUCGCCACUCUGUAUGCUGCUAAGAAGUACAUUGUACCUGCAUUAGCCAAGGCCUGUGUCAACUUUCUGGAGACAAGCCUGGAAGCCAAAAAUGCCUGUGUCCUGCUAUCCCAGAGCCGACUGUUUGAGGAGCCUGAACUGACCCAGCGCUGCUGGGAAGUCAUUGAUGCACAGGCUGAGAUGGCUUUGAAGUCUGAAGGCUUCUGUGAAAUUGACCGGCAGACUCUGGAGAUCAUUGUGACCAGGGAGGCCCUCAACACCAAAGAGGCUGUGGUCUUCGAGGCGGUCCUGAACUGGGCUGAGGCAGAGUGCAAGAGACAGGGCCUCCCGGUCACCCCUCACAACAAGAGGCAUGUUUUGGGAAGAGCCCUCUAUCUAGUUCGAAUUCCAACUAUGACUCUAGAGGAGUUUGCCAACGGUGCUGCCCAGUCAGAUAUCCUGACCUUAGAGGAGACCCACAAUAUCUUCCUUUGGUACACAGCUGCCAACAAGCCAAUCCUCGACUUUCCCCUGACCAAAAGGAAGGGCCUUGCUCCACAGAGGUGUCACCGCUUCCAGUCUUCUGCCUACCGAAGCAACCAGUGGAGAUAUCGUGGGCGCUGUGACAGCAUCCAGUUUGCAGUGGACAGAAGGGUGUUCAUUGCCGGACUGGGCUUAUAUGGGUCCAGUUCUGGGAAGGCUGAGUACAGUGUGAAGAUUGAACUCAAACGGCUAGGGAUGGUCCUAGCUCAGAAUCUCACCAAGUUUGUUUCAGAUGGAUCCAGCAACACAUUCCCAGUCUGGUUUGAGCAUCCAGUCCAGGUGGAGCAGGACACCUUCUACACUGCCAGUGCUGUCCUGGAUGGCAGUGAGCUCAGCUACUUUGGGCAGGAAGGAAUGACAGAAGUACAGUGUGGAAAGGUAGCCUUCCAGUUCCAGUGCUCCUCGGACAGUACCAAUGGGACUGGAGUCCAGGGUGGACAGAUUCCAGAGCUCAUCUUCUAUGCCUGAGGUGUAGGGGUUGGGGUGGACUUGCCAUUAGGCUCUUCCUCCAUGGAGUCUACCCAGUAAGUGCAGUGGAGGUGCAGGACACUGCCUACUGCCUUACUGAUACCAUUAAAGGUUUGGCUUACCAUAUCAGCCCGAGUCUGAAACAGAUGACUUCUCUUUACAGAUCUUUAGGAACUGAUCUUAGGAACAGAAUUAUACAUGUCCCUUGACCCUGAGAUGAUAUUCCACAGAUGGAGGACAGACGCGGGUCCAAGGUAGUCCCAGGUCCCUACCCAGUGGCACCCAAGCUUCAGGACCCUUCGAUUCUCCUCCCACUCUUUUGGAUUCUAAGCAGCUCUGGCUUACUUUAAGGCCUUCCAUUCAAGCCACAAGUGGCUGAAAAGUCACUUAAAAUAGUUCCAUCCUUUUUAAGUGAAUUUUCAUAAUAAAGGUUUCACGGAACAAGAGCCACAUGUAAAUAAGUGACUGUAGGAAAUAUUAACUGGGGCAUUCUCUUUCUCAUCCUGUAUGUAUGAAGUGCAGAGCUGUUAAAAUCAAACCCUAUCUUAGGAGAGCCCACCUAUGCCUGUGUGGCAUCUUAACUGUCUUCCUCUCAAGGGCUGUCUCUAGAAUUCUGCAGAAGACCACAUGUCUGGGUGAUUGUGUUUGUUAAAGUACCUCAAGGUUCUACUGCAGAGGUCAAACUUAAGGAUUAGGCUGUAUGCUGUGCUGUCUGCUGUGGGGUCCUAUGUGGGUAAGAAGGAUCCCUAGGCCCAGGUCCAGGCCUCCCUUAUAGUUGUUUUGCCCUGAAAAAGCACCUGACCUUCAAAGGCCCACUAGCAGGGCAAUGUUAUCUAGAGAGAGAGUAUAUGUUGUAGGCUAGUGUGCCUAACAUCAGAACCCUGGCCCUGCUGGGCCUCAAAUCUACCCUCCCAGACCCUCUGGCUCUAGCUCCCAGUUGUACCUCUUUACUGUGAGUUGAUACUUAAGAAACCAUGAAAACCCCAUCCUUGCAUAUGAGAAGAGCCAUGGCUAGAGGGUACCUGCUCCUGGAACUUCUUCCCUCAAUUGUUAGGAGGCCCCUGCCUUUCUCAAGGUAUCCACUAGGUUCCCAAUGUGAAGUGUUAUACUAUUCCCUUUGGUCCUGAGCCACAUCUGAUAGGCAUUGAUGGGAAGCUUUGAGACUGCACCAGAAAUAAAACCCUAUUGCCUGUAUUUCCCACAACCUUUAGGAGAAAUUCCUUCGCUUUGGGGUUCUGUACUUCAGCUUGACAACCCUCUACUCUGAGCACCUUAGCAUGUUAGUUUCCAGAGGUGGUAUUGUCUGAGCUCAGCCUACCUAUAGCCGGUGCGUUGAUGCAGAGCUCCCUCGCCAAGAGCAGGAACGUCUUCCCCAGCACGUACACAUUCACCUGUGCAAAAAGAAC